AUAUUUAAUCAAUAGAUCACAUCUGGAUUAUUCAAGAAACAUUCGUUCAAGAAAUUGAAAAAGGAAGUAUAUCGUACUCCAGGGUAACUCUUGCAAAAUGCCAGUUGACAGCAGACCUCCAGCCAAAAAGAUGAAAUUCUCUCCCGGAGGAGGAAUGAAGAAUGGGGUCCCUUUGUUCCAAAAACUGCAAGAAGAAAGAAAGAAUUUACCAAUAUUUUCAGCUAAACGAAAGCUGAUACAGGAAUUAAAUCGACUUGACACUGCAAUUGUGAUUGGUGAGACAGGAAGUGGCAAGACCACCCAGCUUCCUCAGUACAUUUUUGAAGAACGACUACACAAGAACCUGAUCAUAGCUAUAACUCAGCCAAGAAGGGUAGCUGCCAUAACAGUGGCCCAGAGAGUUGCUCAAGAAAGGGGUAGUGAACCAGGACAUGUGGUUGGUCAUUGUGUGCGAUUUGAAGAUAUGACAAGUGAAAAGACUAGAAUCAAGUAUAUGACAGAUGGAAUGCUGCUACGAGAGGCCAUCUUGGAUCCAUUAUUGAAAAGGUACUCCUUUGUGAUCUUGGAUGAGGCCCACGAGAGGACCAUACAUACUGAUGUCUUGUUUGGUGUAGUCAAACAGGCACAAAAGAGGAGGAAACUGAGAAAUCUUCUCCCACUAAAGAUUAUAAUAAUGUCUGCCACCAUGGACGUGGAUCAUUUCUCACAAUUCUUCAAUAAAGCCCCGGUGUUGUACCUGGAGGGACGGCAGUUCCCAGUUCAGGUGUACUACAGUCGACAGUCACAGUCCGACUAUGUGUUUGCAGCUGUUGUGGCCCUAUUUCAGAUCCACAGGGAGGAACCUGCAGACCAACAUGUACUGAUUUUCCUGACUGGCCAGGAAGAGAUUGACUCUGUGGUGCGCUCUAUACAGGAAAUAGCUAGAGGCAUGGUUGGGGACACCCCCCCAAUGGUUGUAUGGCCCCUUUAUGCGGCUCUGCCAUCACAUCUUCAACUUCGAGCAUUUAACCCAGCUCCAAAAGGCACGCGGAAGGUCAUUGUUGCCACCAAUAUAGCAGAGACAUCUAUCACAAUACACGGUAUCAGCUUUGUCAUUGAUACUGGAGUGGUCAAAGCCAAAAUCUUCACCCCACGUAGUGGACUGGAUUUGCUGAAAGUGGUAAAGUUGUCGAAAGCUCAGGCCUUACAGAGGUCGGGAAGGGCCGGUCGUGAGGCUGCUGGGACAUGUUACCGACUUUACACAGAAGAGGAGUUCCAAGACUUUCCAGAUAACACCAUUCCAGAAAUACAGAGGUGUAACUUAUCCAGUGUGGCUCUACAACUGCUGGCCAUGGGGAUCACCGAUAUCAUUAAUUUUGACUUCAUGGAUAAACCCAGCACUGAAUUCCUCAUAGGUGCAGUUCACCAGCUCCACACCCUGGGAGCUGUCAUUAAGGAAGAUACCAUCAAGUUGACCACUAUUGGGAAGAAGAUGGCAGCUUUUCCUCUGGACCCAAAGUUGUCCAAGACACUCCUCAUAGCCCUGGAGCUUCAUUGUCUAGAAGAAAUCCUUACAAUUGUGUCAAUGCUGUCUGUUGAUUCUGUCCUGUUUACGCCUCAGAGUAAAAGAGAGGAGGCAUUAGCCGUCCGUCAGAAGUUUGUGUCGAGUGAUGGCGACCACAUCACACUCCUUAACAUCUACAAGGCUUAUAAAGGAGUCAAAGGCAAUAAGGAAUGGUGUCGAGAAAACUUCAUCAAUGGCCGAAAUAUGUCAAAGGCAAUGGAUAUACGCAAGCAAUUACGACAGAUUUGUGAUAGUCAGACCAUGGUGGUGAAAUCAUGUGGUGUGGACACCAGUAUAAUCAGGAAAUGUUUGGCAGCAGGCCUCUUUAUGAAUGCAGCAGAGCUACAAAAAGAAGGUGAUGUCUAUAUUUCGUUAACGACACGAGAGCCAGUUCAUAUCCAUCCAUCAUCAGCAUUGUUUAGAUGUAAACCUGCAUGUGUUAUUUAUAAUGAGCUCGUCAAAACAUCCAAGUGUUAUAUGAGAGACCUUAGUGUUGUUGACCCAGACUGGCUCUAUGAGGCAGCUCCUUCAUAUUUCAAACGGAAAAAGCCAUCAAAAUAGUGAUUCUUAUCCCAUCAGAGUAAUAAAAUUACCUCUUCGAAUAAUUCUCUUGGGGACAGCAAAUUAAAUAUAGAGUACGUGAAUUAAUGUAUAAGAGCCAGAAGUGAUAGAAUUUUACCCGUUAUAAAAAAAGGGGAGAUAACUACAUCAGAUCAGUCUCACCUGGAAAGGAGGGAUGAUUCUCUGGGUAUUCCUAGAAAUGGAGAGUUCUAGGAUAGUGUUGUGAAGUGAAAAUGGGCAUUACUCUGUUUGAUCCAAUAAGGAGAAACAGGACUCAAGAAGAGACAGAAUUAUAUCCCCGAAAAACAGGACUUUUUGAACUUUGUCUUAGAGUGGACAGAAUCAAGAUCAGUGUCGUGUUGCUAGGAACCAAACAACAAAUGAAUUUCAUUGGACAUGAAAAGGCAGCUGAUAGUGUUUUAUCCUGAGAGAGAAACCAGGAAGAUUACUUUAUAUGCACAAGGCAGCAAACAUUGCAGGGACAUAACUUUUUCAAACGCUGAGCUUAAGUGAAAUUUCCUCAAAAGUUGAUUAAAAGGUUUAUAUAUGAUGUACCACUCAAAUUUAUUGUGACGGUUUUUGGAAGUGACUGUGAUCUUUGUUUAUUGCAACUAGAUGUAUUUCGCUGACUUUAUAUAUGAAACAUGUUCACCUGUAGACUUUUGGAAUCAUAGAUCAUUACUUUAUGUAUUAAUAUGAAGAGACGGCAUAACAUUUUUUCAAGUGUCUGUGAUACUGUAAACGUGCUUAUUUGGGCGCAAUCAAAUUUCAUCGCAAUAUCAAUUUUAGACAGGUAAGUACAAUAAUGAAUUCACACAUUCAAAAUAAUUCACAUAUCAGGGCUCUCGCAUCCCAUUUUGGGACUGGGGCCCGGGGCCCUUAGAAUUUGGAAAAUAGCGGCGUUUUCCUUAGAAUUGGGGAAACUUGGGGUCUAAAUUGGGAAAAAAAGAUACUAUUUUGCAUUGGGAAUAUUGGCCCCAAAUCUGGCAGAUCGAGAGCCCUGUAUAUUAAUAACAUACAGUACUUAUGUCACGGGAUGACAAGAAAUGAGUAUCUGCCUUGGAUUGUAAGUCCAGAUAGCAUGAAAGCAUGUUAGUCUUUGCCCUCAUUCAUCAAACAAAGCCACAGAAAAGGUCACAGUUAUUGACUGGACGUCAUUCAGCGUACUUCGUUACUUCCACCAGAAAUCAAACAUGGAACCCUAAGUUUACAUAUCCACCACACUAUUGACUGAGGUAAAGCAUAAUUUUCUCAAAUGUUGGUAAGAAGUUCAAUCAUACGAUAUACAACUCAGGACAAGAAUAGUAACUGUGUCUAUUUUGGGGGAGGGGAUCGAGGAGGGAAUGUGCAUUUGUAUUUAAUGACGAGAGAGAACAUGUGAUAUCCCUGACUGGAAAAUGUGAAUGUCUUUUCCAUUACAGUGAUAUAUAUAUAUAUAUAAGUAGUGUUAUAUGAUCCUGAACCUGGUUAGGGAAAGUCUUAUGAAAGAUGAUUCAUUAAGUUUAUUAUAUCAUGUUUAAACCAACAUUUUCACAUUUCUCUGUGAGGUGUGAGAAAUUUUGAAUUCUCAAUAUAUUAAAUUGAAAAAUGACUUGGUAAAUAAUCUGAAUUUCAAAUGAAGGAAAGUCCAUCACAUACUACUGUUGAUAGAUGUUUGAAAUAGAAACUCAUUGAAAAACAAAACUGCUAGAGAAUAUAGAUACAUUUGGCUACCUUGAUUCAAGAAGCUGCAUUUAUUUUAAUACAGUGAAGCAUAUGCCUUGCUGAUUACUUGGGAGUACAAAUAAAAAAAGUACUGCCCGAAGGGAUACCAAGUUUGUUUUGUUUUUAUGAUUGACUUGAUCAUCGUACAACAUAAGGGUAAAAUAUGUUGGCAUCUUCCAAUUACUUCCUUUCAAUAACCAAAAGGCUCAUGGUGCUGAUAUGCACCUGUAGCAUGCUAAGAUAAAGUGCUACCAAUUUUGUUAAAAUAAACUACCUUGACCCUUUUUCAAGGUCACAGAGGUCAAACAACUUCUUCUCAGUAACCAAAAGGCCCAGGGUACUGAUAUUGGUUCUCUAGCAUACCACAGUGAAGGGCUACCAAGUGUGCUCAAAUGAUUGACCUUGAUCAACUCUCAAUGUAACAGGAGUCAAAUGUGUUCAAAUUUUCAAAAAAAUUCUCAAUAACUAAAAGGCAUAGGGUUGUUAUAUUGCUCAAGUUGCAUGGUCAAGGUCACAGGAGUUAAAUGUCAAAGAUCUUCCAAAAAUUCUUCUUAAUAACUUAAAUUGCACAGGUUUCAUCUUCUAAUGAAGGGCUACCAAGGUCAGAUGUGUUAAAAACUUAAAAUUUCUUCUUUUCAACAAGCAAUACUUCCUGGGUCAAGGUAUUUUUUAUAUAGCAUUUUGAGGGAUAGGUUUUUAAGUUUUCAGAAAUGUACGCGUCUUCUGUGUAAGCUGAAUAGAUAUGCCCAUUGGGCCUUUUGCGUGUGAAUAUGUUCAGUUUUCCCAAAGUAAUGGGCAUUUAUCUGUGAGAAGAGUAUUUUUUCUGUUCAUUAAUUUCAGUUAAAUUUCCAGGAUGAGAAAAUGCCAUUUUGAUACCUUCAUCACAAAUCUUAUGCGAUAUGUUGUUCAAACGAUUUAUCAGGUCGAUCUAUUUAGGUAUGGGAAAAUUAAAUAGGUAAUAAUGUACAGGAUAUUGAUAGCCUGGUACAAGUAUUAUCAAUGAAAUUUAUUUUAAUGUACAUUAUGAUAGAGUAAAAAAUCUGAAAUAUUGUUAUU